GUUUAAUUAUUUCUCAAGUCGCAGUUCAGCUGAAGAGAAGAAAGAUAAAGUAGUGGUUGCUGCUGUUGUCUUGAGUGAGUUAUGCCACUCCUCUCUGUCGGAUCUGAACCAGCGGCGAUCUCUUUUACCCUGUUUUCUUCUGCUCUGAUUUACAGUUUCUUCUAAUGACAAAUCUUUCGGAGGUGGCAGUGCACAGAAAAUGUACAAUAAUGGGCACAAAGUGUUUCGCAUGUGAACAGUUAGACACAGCACCAGACUGCAACAAUUUGCAUGUAAAAUAGCGUAUUAAAGGAGCAUGGAGACACAAGUUCUGCAGAGAAAUGAAAUGCGAUGAGAGUACAUCAUGCAAAGAUGUCAAAUGCGCUGCUGUUUGUCUUGCUCUUCUUCUUUCCAACGCUGCUGUCAGGAAAUUGGUUUCCCAAAACUUUACCCUGUGAUGUGGAAGCCUUUGAAGGUACUGUGAGAGUAGACUGCAGCGAUCGUCGCCUUACAGAAGUCCCCAAAGGGAUCCCUGGAAACGCUACCAACCUGACCCUGACUAUUAACCAUAUCCCCCAUAUCUCUCCAACAUCCUUUGCUCAGCUUGAAAACCUCGUGGAGAUCGACUUCAGAUGCAACUGUGUGCCUGCCAGACUGGGGCCCAAAGAUAAUGUGUGCAGCACACCACCAUCAAUUGAGAAUGGCAGUUUUGCUGCUCUGACAAGACUGAAGUCAUUGUAUUUGGAUGCAAACCAACUGUUGGAAAUACCCCGGGGUCUUCCUGCUACUUUAAGUCUGCUGAGUCUGGAAGCAAACAGAAUUUUUUCUAUUAAAAAAAACACUUUUUCAGAGCUAAGGAAUAUAGAAUUACUGUAUCUGGGACAGAACUGUUACUACCGUAAUCCAUGCAAUGUUUCAUUUGAAAUUGAAAAAACAGCCUUUCUGGAUCUGAAAAAUUUGACAGUACUGUCCCUGAAGUCUAACAACUUAACUUUUAUUCCACCCAACUUGUCUUCUACUUUAAAGGAAUUGUAUAUUUACAAUAACAGAAUUCAAGAGGUUCAGGAACAUGAUUUAAGUACCCUUCACAACCUAGAAAUUCUUGAUCUCAGUGGCAAUUGCCCACGUUGCUAUAAUGCCCCAUAUCCUUGUACUCCCUGCCCUAAUAUCUCAAUUAAGAUUCAUUCUAAGGCUUUUUAUUCCUUGAAAAACUUAAGAAUUUUGAGACUUCACAGUAACUCGCUUCGGAGUAUACCGAGCAGCUGGUUUAAAAACAUCAAGAAUCUCAAAGAUCUUGACCUCUCCCAAAAUUUUCUCAUGAAUGAGAUUGGAGAUGCUCAGUUUUUGAAGCUUAUCCCCAGCCUUGUAGAGCUGGAUCUGUCCUUUAAUUUUGAAUUGCAGAUGUAUUCUCCAUUCUUGAAUCUGUCUAAGACAUUUUCCUCCCUCUCUAACCUGGAAACCCUAAGAAUCAAGGGUUAUGUCUUUAAAGAACUGAGAGAAGGAAAUCUAGAUCCACUGCUUAGUCUUAGAAAUCUAACAGUGUUGGAUCUUGGGACUAAUUUCAUUAAAGUUGCUGACCUAAGAGUAUUCAAAAAGUUCCAAGCCCUUAAAAUCAUAGACCUCUCAGUGAAUAAAAUUUCUCCUUCUUCAGGUGAAAGUAACUUUUAUGGAUAUUGCUCUGAUCCUGGGAUUUCAGUAGAGCAAUACAGCAGGCAAGUUUUACAAGAGAUGCAUUACUUCAGGUAUGAUGAGUAUGGUCGAAGUUGCAAGUCCAAAGACAAAGAGGCUGACUCCUACCAACCUUCAGUCAACGUAGAUUGCAUGAGUUAUGGAAAAACUCUAGAUUUAAGCAGAAACAAUAUAUUUUUUGUUAACUCCUUAGACUUCCAGGAUCUUAAUUUCCUCAAAUGCCUCAACUUGUCAGGCAAUGCAAUAAGUCAAACUUUAAAUGGAAGUGAAUUCUACUACCUGUCUGAAUUGAAAUAUCUGGAUUUUUCUAACAACAGAAUUGAUUUGCUAUACUCAACUGCUUUCAAAGAACUGAAAUUUUUAGAAAUUCUAGACCUGAGCAAUAACAAACAUUACUUUCUGGCAGAAGGUGUUAGUCAUGUGCUUAGUUUUAUGAAAAAUUUGGCCUAUCUGAAGAAGCUGAUGAUGAAUGAGAAUGAGAUUUCUACCUCUAUUAGCAAAGGGAUGGAAAGCCAGUCUCUUCAAACUUUAGAAUUCAGAGGAAAUCGUUUAGAUGUUUUUUGGGCAGAUGGGAGGAAUGAAUACCUAUCAUUCUUCAAGAAUCUGACCAAUCUGGAACAACUGGAUAUUUCCUCUAACAUGCUCAGUUUUUUACCUCCUGGUGUUUUUGAAGCUAUGCCUCCAGAACUCAAGGUACUGAACUUAACCAGUAACCGGUUGAAGACCUUCAACUGGGGAAAACUCCACUUGCUGAACAAACUAGUAACUCUGGACCUCAGCAAUAACCUUCUGACUACUGUUCCACGAAAGCUGUCCAAUUGCACUUCAACUCUCCAACAACUGAUACUCCGAAACAAUCGUAUUACACGGAUAACCAAAUAUUUUCUCAGAGGUGCCAUUACACUGUUAUACUUGGACCUCAGUUCAAACAAGAUCCAAGUAAUUAAGAAAUCUAGCUUCCCUGAAAAUGUCAUUAACAACCUGAAGAUGCUGCUUUUGCACAACAAUCCUUUCAAGUGCAAUUGUGAUGCAGUGUGGUUUGUUGGGUGGAUCAACGAGACUCAAGUGGCCAUUCCCUUUCUCGCCACAGAUGUGACCUGUGCUGGCCCAGGGGCACACAAAGGAAGGAGCCUGGUUUUCUUGGAUCUGAAUACCUGUGAGCUGGACACAUCCUAUUUGAUCAUGUAUGCUUUAUCAAUUUCAGCUGUCUUAAGUUUAAUGAUGUUUGCCAUUAUGAGUCACCUCUAUUUCUGGGAUGUGUGGUAUAGCUAUCAUUACUGCACUGCCAAGUUGAAGGGCUAUAGACGUAUACCUUUACCAGAUGCUUGCUAUGAUGCUUUUAUUGCCUAUGACAAUACAGAUCUGGCUGUGAAUGAAUGGGUGAUGACAGAAUUGGUUGAAAAGCUGGAAGAUCAAAAAGCCAGACAGUUCAAUUUAUGCUUGGAAGAAAGAGACUGGCUUCCAGGACAGCCAGUCUUUGACAACCUUUCCCAGAGCAUUCAACUGAGCAAAAAGACCAUAUUUGUGCUGACCAACAAGUAUAUUAAAAGUGGCACUUUCAAGACAACAUUUUACAUGGCCCACCAACGACUUCUAGACGAAAAAAUUGAUGUGAUUAUCUUGAUAUUUCUUGAAAAGGUAUUACAGAAGUCCCGAUAUGUUCGGCUGAGAAAGAGGCUGUGCAGAAGUUCAGUUCUGGAGUGGCCAACUAAUCCUCGAUCUCAGCCCUACUUCUGGCAGUGUCUGAAAAAUGCCAUAGCUAUGAACAAUACACAGGCUUACAACAAACUUCUCCAGGAAACUGUUUAGCUCUACCAUUCCCUGUAAAAUGCUGUUACUGUGUGUGGUGAGGAAAAGAUACUGACCUUGUUAUGGAGAAAAUGUGAAAGUGGGAGGACAAAUAUAAUUGUGAUAUGAUACCCAAAAAUGAAAUGCACAGUCUGUCCCAAAGAUAAUAACUCACUUGUUUUACUAUGACAAGAUUAAAUAUAAACUGUUGCCAGCACAGAUGUAUAGCUGACACACACCUCAUUCAGCAUUUGCAGCAAGAGAAGAUGCAACAGAGUCACCACUUCACUGGAGUUCAGUGGAGUGUUCACUGGAGUUUCAGUUCACUUUCAGUUUCAGUUCACUGGAGAACUUUUAAUGUCACCUGGCAGGGUCAAGUGUGAGUAAGACAAUUGCUCCACUCACUCAAGUACCCAAGCUACCAGAAGGAGUUUGGCCAUGCUUAAAGUUGCUGCUGUUUGGAUCACUGUUGGAGUAAAUGUGAUUUUAAUAGAAAAUUAUUGUUACCGCAUUUGUGUGUUUAUGAAAAACAGGAAAAGCACAAAAUGUUAAUCUCAGAAAAUACUUCAAGCAAAUUUCAAGUUUAGGAGUUGGGGAAACAUAUGUACGAUUAUCUUUUCAACUCAGGCUUCCAUCAGCUGAGCCUACCAGUUCUGCUUGACUGGGCAACAGCCCUAGCCACUGGGGAGGUGAUAUGCUGGUGGGACUUCUGUGACUUCUACCAGGGACUUGGGUGUGGUAUGGUAGAUCUUCCACUGCUGCAUUGUCAAAAAGGCUGUAAAUAUGUAGAGGUUUUGAAGAACUUGCAUGUACUAAAAUAGGAAAGUGUGAGUGGGGAGAAACAACUCAGAAGAGCUUGCAAGCUGUGGAUCAGGAGGAAUUACAAGAUAAAGGGAGUCUUUGCAUAGAGCUGGUGCAUGAUAGUGAUGAGGGAAAGCAGGACAGCAAGCAGGUAGGCUGAGAGAGAUGCAGAAAAUCAAGAAAAGCAAAGAAGAAGAGGGAAGAGAAAGAAAGGAAGGUAGGAAAAAAAGAGAAGGUGAGAGAAGGAAAGAAUAGAGAAAAAUACUGGCUACUUUAUAGUAUGAUAGAAGGAUUUACUGAAAAUUUCCAAACAAUAAGUUCACUUUGCAUUUCACUUGCUUCCUUGUUUGCUCUCUGAGCUGUCUGCUUCCUGAAGUUUCAGACUUUCUCUCCAGUCAGCUUUAGGAGUGCAGCUUCCCUGUUUCCACCAAGGUUUUCCUUGUUUAUGAACUGGAACAGUGUCAGCAGGCCCAGCCAGUGCUGGGACAUGGGACCAUGAUCAAGUGACUGAAUCAUUUGCUUCUGCCUGCCCAGACUUUCUCCAGAACAAAACACAAUCGAAGUACAAAACAUGUAAGACCAGGUCGUAAAAGGAUAGCACCCACCUGAUUGUUUCUUUAGCCAUCUUGUGGUUGCUCCAGAGCAUCUUCAAAUUUCCUUUGCCUCCUUCUUCUUCACAUGAAAAGAACAUGAAAAGAACUGUUUCACAUGGAAAAAACUGUUCUUCUCUGAAAAGAACUUCACAUAAUGUUACAGAAAAUAAGAGGGUUACUUUUCCCCCAGUUUGUCACAACUGAAGCAUGAGAAAGAGGAGUGCCUAGUUAAUAGAAAGGGUGUUUUAUGGUUAUAUUUUAAAGAAUGCCUUUUAAGGGUUGUGUUUGUAAGCCUAAACAAUCUGUGUCUGCAAACAGAAUAAUGUGAGAUCCAAUGCAACUCUCUUCAUAAGGGAAUGCUGAAAUAAGAGCCUCUCUUCCUCAGUUACUGCCAUGCCAUGUCACCCCUUCUCCCCACAGCACUUCUUCUGUCCAGAGUAGUUUUCCCUUUCUCAAUCUGAGUGGUUAGUGCUAGGGAAUAAAAUCACUUGACAUACCUGA